CCCUAGUCUUCAUUUCUAGAUCACGUCAGCUUUCCAGUCCUCUUCAUCCUCGCUGUUACCUUACACGGCAAAGCCUUAGGCUUCCCGAAUUCCGGACUACAAUCCAAAAGAACAGAGCUUUCUGUAUUUAACUCCUUUUUUCAGUUUCCACUUACUCUUAAAAACGCCACUUCGAACAUAGGUUAGUCCGCUAAUCCAUAGAUCGCAUCUCAGGUACAUUUUGAGGAAGAUGAGCAACAACAAUAUGCUUACGGGUUUCACGAGGCUGUGCAAGGGGAUGACGGCCGUGCUAAUUGGUGGUUACAUUCUUGUUCAGAUUCUCCCUUCUGCUAUUUCCUAUCUUGCACUUAUCCCUGCUAAGACAAUUCCCUUCGCAUGGAAUCUUGUCACAGCUGGUUAUAUUGAACAGUCCUUAUAUGGGGUGAUUGUCAGUAUUAUUGGGCUUCUUUUCAUGGGAAAGCUGCUUGAGCCUAUCUGGGGUUCUAAGGAAUUUAUGAAGUUUAUCUUCAUUGUCAACUUUUUGACUGCAGUCUGUGUUUUUAUUACAGCUAUCUCAUUAUACUACAUAACGAGACUGGAAAGCUACCUUUAUCUGCCUAUUUCCGGCUUCCAAGGGGUCCUUUAUGGUUUCUUAGUGGGCAUAAAACAAAUCAUGCCCAACGAAGAGGUGUCAUUUCUGAAACUAAAAGCGAAGUGGUUGCCUUCUCUUGCACUGCUGGUGUGUAUUGCUAUAAGUUUUUUCACGGAGGAUUCAGCUUCAUACCUUCCAACUUCAGUGUUUGGCACAUACAUAGGAUGGGUUCACCUCAGAUACUGGCAGAGGAAACCAGAAACAAAACUCAAGGGUGAUCCAAGUGAUGAGUUUGCGUUCUCAACAUUUUUCCCCCAUCUUUUGAGACCCGUGAUUGAUCCCAUUGGUACUAUAUUCGAUCGAAUGUUGUGUGGUAAAAGAUCUGAAGCAUCAAAUGAAGAGAUAGAUGGAUAUACUUUAGGUGCCAUCCCAUUGCCUGGUUCUGACCCUAUUGAAGCAUCUAGGCGAAGGGAAAGAGGUGCGCGGGCACUUGAAGAAAGACUUGUGGCAUCUGAGAGGAUCACUUCUGGUGCUAACAAGCCUGAAGAGUUGCAAGUAGAUGAUGCGUCCGAUAACGUUUAGAUGUUCUUUUUCUGUGUAAAUGCCUUCACCCACCAUCCUUAGUUCCUUACCAAGUGACCAACAUAAAUACAUAAAAUCCCAGAAUAUAUACCCCCCCUCCCCCACCCUACUGGACACUGUUGUAACCUUUUACUCGAGUGUUUUUGCAAAUCAAUUUUGUUGCAUCUUCGUUAUGGUCUAUAAUCUAUAUAUCUCGUUACGGUCCAAAA